CGUUCUGGGCAUGCUCAGUCCUCAUUUUUCUCCAGCAGUCGAUGAGGGAGGUUCCUGUGUCUGCAGCUCCUGGGGUGAAGUCCCAGACGGCCUUCUGUUGCUCUGCUUUGUUUCCGGAGGGCCUCUGGUGACUGAAGAAUGCCUGGGGUGCUGCUCUGCUCAUCGGGGAGUCUUCUCUGAGGUCGUCAGUAAGUGGAGCUUGAGGCGGGCCGCCAUUGCCAAUGGAGCCGGGUUGUUCAGGGAGCUGCUCUUCAGUAGGAACACAAUUAGACAGGCACUAAUCUGGGAGGAGCAAGAACUUAUAUACAGAGAAGGCGGGGCUAAUGGCCACACCGAGGACCCCUGGAUGGUGGUGCAGGCUAUCCAGAGCUCCUGCAAGCAGAGGGCAAGAGCCCGGACCUCAAGCUCCCUGGGCAUCGGGAGCCCACAACUCAGCCCAGCCCUGCUUACCUCGUCCUCGAGGCUGCUGCUACUGUGCUUGCUCUCCUUGGCCUGGUUGCUCAUGGUGGGUACAGGAGGGCGAGGCUCAUGGAUGCUGGUGUCUGCUUUGCCAAAAGGGCUAUGGCCACAGCUUCCCCUCCUGGCUCGUGGCCUUCCCUGGCUGGAGGAGAGUGGAUGGGUGGCAGGGCUGCUUCUGGACAGGGGCUGCUGCUUCCAGUGCCACCAUCGUGCGGCGAGGUGAGGCAGGUGACAGGAGUGUGGAGUCCCGAGGUGCACAAGUAUUGUGCAGGUGGGUCGGGGCUAAGCGCAGCUCAUUGGAGGUGCGGGCUCACAUCCAGCUGACGCUUUCUUUUGGGGGAGCAGGACCUGUGACUGAAUCCCCAACUCAGGACAGAGAAAGAAUGGCAAGCCGUCCUUUAGCAAGUGGGGGAACUGGAAAAGGCCCUUCCGGUGCUCAGUCUGGAAUCCACGGGGAGAUCUGGGCAAGAACUGGGCAGAAGAUGCUGGAAGAAGGAACCAUCGUUUCACAAGUUCACGCCUGGAACUUCAGGAGCGUCCAAUAUCGGGAGGAUGAAGGUCCCCGAGGACUUUGCAGCCGACUCCACUACUUUUGUAGUCGAUGGUUGAGACCAGAAAAGCACACAAAAGCGCAGAUGCUGGACCUGGUGGUUUUGGAGCAGUUCCUGGCGCUUCUGCCCCUGCAGAUGGAGAGCUGGGUACGAGAGUGUGGAGCAGAGACCAGCUCCCAGGCGGUGGCCCUGGUGGAAGGCUUCCUCCUGAGCCAGGCGGAGGAGAAGAAGGAGCAGGUUGAGUUGCAGUCCUUCGCAAUGGAGAUCAGAGAUCCUGAGAGAAAGAGGCAUCCGUCAAAUCUCCCUGAAGAACUGUUUUUCAGGGGAAUCCCUCUGGGAGAUCCAAUUCAGGACACCUCAGGAGGGAAGAAUAGAAGGAAGUUGACUCUUUGUUUUGGGGGAUUGGAAACCAGGAUUGAACCUCCAACUCAGGACAGAGAAAGAAUGGCAAGCCGUCCUUUAGCAAGUGGGGGAACUGGAAAAGGCCCUUCCGGUGCUCAGUCUGGAAUCCACGGGGAGAUCUGGGCAAGAACUGGGCAGAAGAUGCUGGAAGAAGGAACCAUCGUUUCACAAGUUCACGCCUGGAACUUCAGGAGCGUCCAAUAUCGGGAGGAUGAAGGUCCCCGAGGACUUUGCAGCCAACUCCACUACUUUUGUAGUCGAUGGUUGAGACCAGAAAAGCACACAAAAGCGCAGAUGUUGGACCUGGUUGUUCUGGAGCAGUUCCUGGCGCUUCUGCCCCUGCAGAUGGAGAGCUGGGUGCGGGAGUGUGGAGCAGAGACCAGCUCCCAGGCGGUGGCCCUGGUGGAAUGCUUCCUCCUGAGCCAGGCGGAGGAGAAGAAGGAGCAGGUUGAGUUGCAGUCCUUCGCAAUGGAGAUCAGAGAUCCUGAGAGAAAGAGGCAUCCGUCAAAUCUCCCUGAAGAACUGUCUUUCAGGGGGAUCCCUCAGGGAGAUCCAAUUCAGGACACCUCAGGAGGGAAGAAUAGAAGGAAGUUGACUCGUUGUUCUGAGGGAGCGGAAACCGGGAUUGAACCUCCAACUCAGGAGAGUGUUGUGUCCUUUGAGGAGGUGGCUGUUUAUUUCUCCGAGGAGGAGUGGUCUCAGCUGGAUCCUCACCAAAGAGCUCUGCAUUGGGAAGUCAUGCUGGAGAAUUAUAAGAACGUGGUCUCUCUUGGUGAAAAUGAGAAUGACAAUAAAGACUCUGGAGAACCAAUCAAAGUCUUUAGACAAGGAGAUGUAAUGGAGAAACCUGCAAUUCAAACAGAAUUCCAAAGGCAGGAGGGAAAUCUGUCAACUAACUGGAAUAAGAAAAGCUCACCUUCGAUUGUUGGUCAGAUGCAGGAGUUUAUUGAUGAACGAGGAAAACUAAAGAAGCAAUAUAUUGGGAAAGGUGUAAGACUCUUCAAAGAAACAUUAGAUGUAAAUGGACCCUGUCCAUCACAAGCCAAAGGACCAGCCAAAGACAAAGGAAAAAAUUACAGUUGGAUAUUCCCACUUUCUCAAGAAAAUGGGUCUCUGGAAUCACAGAAAAGUUUUCACAUGGGAGAGAAGUCAAAUAAAUGCAAUGAACAUGGAAACAAGAUUGUUAAUAAAAGGACAUGCAGAAGGAAGAAGCCACAUAAAUGCAUGGAGUGUGGAAAGGUUUUUAGCCAAAAAAGUGCCCUUAUUACCCAUCAAAGGAUCCACACAGGGGAGAAGCCUUAUAAAUGCUUGGAGUGUGGAAAGGACUUCAGAACAAGCAAUGAUCUUGCAUCCCAUCAAAGGAUCCACACAGGGGAGAAGCCUUAUAAAUGCAUGGAGUGUGGAAAGGACUUCAGAACAAGCAGUAAUCUUAAAUGCCAUCAAAGGAUCCACACAGGGGUGAAGCCAUAUAAAUGCAUGGAGUGUGGAAAGGGCUUUCGCCAAAAGAGUGCCCUUAUUGGCCAUCAAAGGAUCCACACAGGGGAGCAGCCAUAUAAAUGCAUAGAGUGUGGAAAGGGCUUCCAUAUACACAGUCAUCUUACAUCCCAUCAAAGGAUCCAUGCAGGGGAGAAGCCGUAUAAAUGCAUGGAGUGUGGAAAGGGCUUCACCCACCAUUAUCAUCUUACAUCCCAUCAAUGGAUCCACACAAGAGAGAAGCCUUAUAAAUGCAUGGAGUGUGGAAAGGGCUUCACCCAACAUUAUCAUCUUACAUCCCAUCAAAGAAUCCACACAGGGGAGAAGCCAUAUAAAUGCAUGGAGUGUGGAAAGGGCUUCCGCAUACACAAUUACCUUAUAUGCCAUCAAAGGAUCCACACAGGGGAGAAGCCAUAUAAAUGCAUGGAGUGUGGAAAGGGUUUCAGCCAACAUAGUAAACUUACAUCCCAUCAAAGGAUCCACACAGGGGAGAAGCCAUAUAAAUGCAUGGAAUGUGGAAAGGGCUUCCAUAAUGGGACACUUACAUCUCAUAAAAGGAUUCACACGGGAGAGAAGCCAUUUAAAUGCAUGGUGUGUGGAAGGGGCUUUAGCCAGCAGAGCAACCUUAGUUCCCAUAAAAGGAUCCACACAGGGGAGAAGCCAUAUAAAUGUAUGGAAUGUGGAAAGACCUUUACUCAGAGUGUUCAACUUACUUGCCAUAAAACAAUCCACACAGGAGAGAGACCAUAUAAAUGCAAAGAAUGUGGAAAGAGCUUCAGUCAACCCAGUAGUCUUACUGUUCAUAAAAGGAUCCACACAGGGGAGAAGCCAUAUAAAUGUAUGGAGUGUGGAAAAACCUUUUCUUACAGUGGUCAUCUUACCUCCCAUAAAAAGAUCCACACAGGGGAGAAACCAUAUAAAUGCAUAGAGUGUGGGAAGACCUUUAGUCGUAACAUUCAACUUACUUCCCAUAAAAGGAUCCACACAGGGGAGAAGCCAUAUAAAUGCUUGGAGUGUGGAAAAGGCUUCUGUGAAAACUGGUCUCUUACUGUUCAUAAAAGGAUCCACACAGGAGAGAAGCCAUAUAAAUGUAUGGAAUGUGGAAAGGGCUUUAGCCAACAUAGUAAUCUUACUUCCCAUAAAAGGAUCCACACAGGGGAGAAACCAUAUAAAUGCUUGGAGUGUGGAAAGAUGUUUAUUUAUAGCAGUCAUCUUACUUCCCAUAAAAGGAUCCACACAGGGGAGAAGCCAUAUAAAUGCAUGGAAUGUGGAAAGACAUUUACUCAUAACAUUCAGCUUACUUCCCACAAAAGGAUCCACACAGGGGAGAAACCAUAUAAAUGCAUGGAGUGUGGAAAGGGUUUCAGCCAACAUGGUAAUCUUACUUCCCAUAAAAGGAUCCACACUGGGGAGAAACCAUUUAAAUGCAUGGAAUGUGGAAAGACAUUUACUCAUAGCAGUCAACUUAUUCCCCAUAAAAGGAUCCACACUGGGGAGAAACCAUAUAAAUGUAUGGACUGUGGAAAAACCUUUACUCAUAGCAUUCAACUUAGUUCCCAUAGAAGGAUCCAUACUGGGGAGAAACCAUAUAAAUGUAUGGAGUGCGGAAAGGGCUUCAGCCAACAUAGUAGUCUUACUUCCCAUAAAAGAAUCCACACAGGAGAGAAGCCAUUUAAAUGUAUGGAAUGUGGAAAGGGCUUUACUUAUAGCAGUCACCUUACUUCCCAUAGCUGGAUCCACAUAGGAGAGAAACCAUUUAAAUGCAUGGAAUGUGGAAAGACCUUUACUUACAGCAGUCAUCUUACUUCCCAUCAAAGGAUCCACACAGGGGAGAAGCCAUUUAAAUGCAUGGAGUGUGGAAAGGGCUUCAGCCAACGCAGUAAUCUUACUUCCCAUAAAAGGAUCCACACAGGGCCGAAGCCAUAUAAAUCUCGGGCAUGUGGCAAGAGCUACAAGAGGAGGAAUGACCUAAGAGAGAUACAUUUAGUUAAGGAUAUUCAGGAGGAUGAAGAUGAAAAUGACUGCAGUGUGCUGACAUUGGAAACUAUCAACCAAGAAAAGAGAUCUUUGGAAACCAGUGUGGACCAAAAGAAAAUAAUAUGAAAUUAUGAAAAAUUACUGCAGUUCCUCCUGACCAAACACACAGAAAUGAGAAGGGGAACUACCUGUGAGAUGUGAAAAUACCAGAAAAUAAUACUAGCCAACAAGAUUUUGCAUCCUGUACACCUUUAAUGUAUCUUACAGAUUUUUGGCUGCUAAUCACAAAAAUAGCCUGUACUGCUUUAUAGAAAUCUACUCUUUUUACUGUACGUAUACAACAGCAAUGUAUACCUACAGUAUCUAUUGGCUGUAUGGCACACAUACAAACCAUGAAAACAUGGAACUGUUGUCGUUGAGAAUUUUCUUAACAACUUCAGAGCACCAGACUACAUUCAGCUGGUUGACAAAUGUGCUAUAGUGUACAAGACCAUGAAGUGCAACAUGUCACUGAAGAUGCAUUUUUUGCCUUCACACUUGGACUUCACCCUCAAAAAUUUAGGUCCAGCCAGUAAUAAACAUAGUGAAAGGUUUCACUAGAACAUUGCCAUUUAUGUUGCUGAAAAAUUUGUUAAGCAAGUUUUGCUCAUUUUAUGAUCUUUCUUUCCACAGUUGUUAAGUGAAUCACUGCAGUUGUUAAAUUAGUAACACAGUUGUUAAGUGAAUCUGGUUUCCCCACUAACUUUUCUUGUCAGAAGGUUGCAAAAGCUGAUCACGUGACCUCAGGACACUGCAACCAUCAUAAAUGGGAGUCAGUUGUCAAGCAGCCAAAUGUAAAUCACAUGACCAUGGGGAUGCUGCAAUGGUCGUAAGUGUGAAAAAUGAUCAUAUCACUUUUUUCAGUGCUGUUGUAAUUUUAUACAGUCACUAAGCAAACUGUUGUAAGUUGAGGACUACCUGUAUAUGAGAGAAUCAUUAAAUCAUUAAAUACUAUCAAUUUAUAAGAUAUAUGCUGAUGACACAGUUCUGCUUGCCAGUAAGCAUGAACACCUUCAGUUACUCAUCAUCAGAGUCACAGAAAUAUCUGAAAAACAUGGCUUGAAGCUUAACAUCUCAAAAACCAAGAUCAUGGUCAUCAGCAAACGACCCAUUAAUUUACCACCAAUAACUUCGGAAGGAAUACCACUAGAAAAAGUUGAAAGGAUCACGUACUUUGGCUCUAAUUUACAUGAAAGCUGGAACAUGACCACUGAAGUAAAAACAAAGAAAGUUCGAACAGCACUCUUCAAAAUGAAAAAGGUCUUCUGCAGUCAGGACAUAAGCCUAAGAUUGAAAAUCAGUCUUGUCAGAUGUUACAUCUUUUCUAUCCUGCUCUACGGAGUAGAGAGUUGGUCUCUGACAGAAAGUCACUUGAAGAGACUGGAAGCAUUUGAAAUGUGGAUUUACAAGGAAAGAUUGAAGGCAAAUGAGGUCCAGGAAGAAGAAAAACAUGGCUUCAAAAUCUAAAGGACUAGUUUGGACAAAAUUCAACAGCACUUCUUCAUGCGGCUGUUGAUAAAAAUAGAAUCGCCAACAUGCUCAUCAACGUCUGAUAAUGGAUAUGGCACAAGAAGAAGAAGAUGUGAAAGAAAGGAAUUGGCUAGAUUAGUCAGACAAAUUAAGGAUAUAUCAUUUGAUAGGAUAGUGACAGUGACAGUGAGGGCUAAGCAUUAAAAAUAUCAGGCAGUGAUAAAGAGGAGCAAAUAGACUAUGAGAGUCAGUGAUAAGAAUUAAGACUGUCAUGUUUACAAAAUAAUAAUACAAGUUCUGUAAGCUAAUUUCCGAAAGCCAAAGAGAAAUAAAAGUAAUAAUUGAAGCACAGUAUUCAACUGUGUAUUCAACACAAUAUUCACCUGAAAUAUUGAUGGCUUAUUUUAAAAAUAAAUUUGUGGAUACUGGAAUAUCAACAUUUAAUGGGUACAGAUAUAUUAAUCAUUACAAUGGACCUCAGUAACUGCUCCAGAAGUUAAUAAUUUCACAACAGAUAGCUGGCAAUCUCAGGAGAAGAUAUGUUACUACCAGAACAUUUAAAGGCAUUUAAAUCCUUGUUUACAUGUAUCAAAUCAUUGGACAAAUUCCUAUAGGUUAUAAAAACAGAGUAGUAAUUCCAGUGCUUAAAAAAAGAAUUCUACAAACCCACUAACUUGCCCCAUACGUUUCAUUGACACAGGGUGUAAAUUAUGUAUAAAGUAUUUUUUUAAACCUAGACAGUAUGUUUAAAAGCAGAGACUUCACUUUGCAGUCAAAGAUCCAUAUUGUCAAAGCGAUGACUUUCCCAGUGGUAACGUAUGGCUGUGAGAGUUGAACCAUAAGGAAGGCUGAAUGCCGAAUAAUCAAUGUUUUUGAAUUGUGGUGUUGGAGAAGACCUAUUGGAAGAGUUCCUUGGACUGCGAGGAGAUCAUAUCAGUCAACCCUAAAGAAUGUCAACUCUGACUGUUCUUUGGAUGGAUGGACUGAAGCUGAAGCUCAAAUACUUUGGCCACCUAAUGAAAAGACUCCAAUUAUUGGUAAAUACGCUGAUGAUGGGAAAGACUGAAAGGAAACGGAGAUGGCAGAGGAUGAAAUGGUUAGACACAAUGAACAUGAUUUUUGGCAAACUCCAGGAGACAGUGGAAAAUGGGAGACUGGCAUGCUGUGGUCCAUGGGGCCGUAAAGAGUCAGACAAGAGUCAGGCACAAUUUUAGCAACUGAACAACAACAAAAAAUAUUUUAAACAGACUGAUUGGAUAGAUGUUAGGCAGAUUGUAGUAGAACAGAAGGCAGGCUUCAGAAAAUGAUAUAUACUAUAAAUCGGUGUUUACAAAUCUGGAUGGAGCAGCUCAGACAGGCAAAUAGCCUGCAAAUGACCAGACCCAUGUUGGAAAAGGCAACAGGGAGGGCGCAGUGUCCCUUUUCUUCUGGCCGCUGCCAAGCGCUAAGAUCCCAGAUAGCUAGUGGCUAGUCAGGCAGGCUGACAGUACAUGCAGCAGUGCCAGGCAAGUCUUUGAGCCUGAAGCUCAAAUGGUGGCCUGUCCAUCAAUUUUUGAGUGCGAAGCUCAAUUCAAAAUGGCCGUCAGAUUGUGGAGCGCAAGACUCCUGAAAGCGCAACACUCCUGUCCAAUUCGGCUGAAAAUUCAGCCAGGAAACCCCGGUCGUGGCUGCUGACUCGGGGGAGUGCUGGGCUGUCACCUUUAGCGCAGGCAGGCAAAUUUAGGGAGCACAAAGCUCCUGUGAUGAAAGAAACGUCAGGCAGCUCCCUCAGAGGUCUUGAAAGAAGAUGGCCAUCUGACCAGCCCAUUCAGGAGCGCAAAGCUCCACCAAAUCGCUCAGCACAAUAACGGAAGCGCAGAGCUCCACAACCGACAGUCCCAGCUCCCUAGGGAACAUGAAGCUCCUCCGCGACUCUGGAACGCCUCCUGUUCAACAGAGCGCCUUGAGAGAUCAGGAAGAUGACACCUGACAGGGAGCUGGGAAGCCCUCUUCCAAGGGCAGACCAAAGAUCGGUUGGGAGAUGCAGUUGCGAUUCCACCAAGAGAUGAAGACAGCAUUCCACUCACAAUUGCAGAUCAAGGUAGGACAAAGGUGUAGAGAAAACAUCCAUAAGGUGAAACAGCAGUCAGGAAAGGUGAAGAGAGUUGCUCUGACACGUCCGUCAAGUCUGAAGGACUGAGUCAAAAGCUGGAAGCCCCUAGCAACAAGGACGGGACUUAACAACUCUGACAGACUCAGUCCUUCAACUGAACAGAUGGGUACAACCCAUGCCUGGCUGCUAUGGAGAAUGCCUAUAUAUAGCAUUUAUUGACUCAUCACUUGCUUUUGAUACAAUAAGUAGAGGAAAACGAUGGGAGAUGUUUCUAGCCACUGAUAUAGAUUACCUAUAUAUAAAUUGAUGAAGAUACUUAUGGGCAAAUAUGGAUAAACCAAAGUGUCUCCCUAACAAAGCAUUAAAACCCCAAAAGGUGUCCAUCACGGCUGUAUACUGGCUUCUCUUUAAUUUUUAUAUAAACAAUGUUUAUAAUUAACAACGCUAAUAAUCCUUUUUAUGCCUCAUCAACUGAAAGUAGAAAAGUCUUUUUAUUACACGCAGAUAACAUUGUACUCAUAUUGAUAGCAUUAAUUCGAAAAAGGAGAAUCCUGAUAGAACUUGUAAUAAGUCAUAGGUGAAAAAUUUGAUCCAUUACUUAUUGCACUGCAAAUUACAUCAGGAACCUAGAACUAGAUUCAUCAUGCCUCUGUUUGUCCAACUGAAUCAGUCUAGUUUAGAAGAUUUUCUUUUACUAUUGACUGAUAUAGAUGAACAUGUAACAAAACAAUAACAAUGCAAGAUACAAAGAGUGCUGUUAAAAUUAAAGGGGAUGUAUUGAACCGAUAUGGAUUGUUGUAAUUGUAUAGAAUUUUCCUAAAGUCAGUGUUGCCAAUAAACAUAUAUAGUAUUAAAAAAAUCGGACUCAUCUACAGUAUAGAACUGAGACUUGAGUCAACUGAUAUGAAUGAAGUUAUUCAGUCAAAGGUUUCAUUAUAGAAGAGAACCAUCACAUACCUAUCCAUGUGGAAAGAGCUGAAAGGAUGUAAAAUUCCUCUCUUACAAAAGGAGCCAAGAUGCCGGGAAGCUCACAAAAUGCAUGUAUGAAAACUUUUUUUCGAGCAUUUAUAUUUUGCUUUCUAUGGUGUUAACAGGGGUGAAGAAAAAUCUAAAUUGGAUUUAAAUAAAAUUAAUUAAAUAUCAA